CAGCACGCUUUCCAUCAUCACCAUCAUCUGCUGCUGCUGCGCGCUGUUCUCUCCCCUGAAAAUCCCAACCGUCGAAAGAACUGGAUCUCGCGACUGCGCCAUGACAAUCUCUUCUUCCUCUCAAAACCAAGGUGAUUUCUCGAAGGAUGUCAAGAGUUCACAUAUUGGAUUGCCAGCACUAAAUGUUUCCAUUGCAUUUCCUCAAGCAACUCCGGCGUCUCUCUUUCCACCUUCUGCCUCAGAUUAUUAUCAGCUUGAUGAUUUGUUGACUCCUGAGGAGUGCGCAAUCCGGAGAAAAAGUAGAGAAAUUAUGGAGAAAGAAAUAGCACCAAUAAUGACAGAGUAUUGGGAGAAGGCAGAGUUUCCGUUUCAUGCUAUUCCAAAGCUUGCUUCCCUGAAUGUUGCUGGUGGCACAAUUAAGGGUUAUGGGUGUCCAGGGCAUUCUAUUACUGCAAGUGCUAUUGCUACAGCCGAAGUUGCCAGAGUUGAUGCUAGCUGUUCUACUUUUAUUUUGGUGCAUUCUUCUUUGGCUAUGCUCACAAUUGCACUGUGUGGAUCAGAGGCUCAAAAGGAGAAAUAUUUACCUUCGCUGGCAAGAUUUGACACUGUAGCUUGUUGGGCUUUAACUGAACCUGACUAUGGAAGCGAUGCGAGCUCGCUAAGAACAACAGCAACAAAGGUAGCAGGAGGUUGGCUUAUUGAUGGCCAAAAACGCUGGAUAGGCAACAGUACUUUUGCAGAUGUGUUGAUCAUUUUUGCUCGGAACACAAGUACAAACCAGAUAAAUGGAUAUAUAGUGAAGAAAGGUGCCCCUGGUCUGAAGGCAACUAAAAUAGAAAAUAAAAUUGGCUUAAGGAUGGUUCAAAACGGGGAUAUUCUUUUAAAGAAAGUGUUUGUCCCUGAUGAGGACAGGUUGCCUGGAGUCAAUUCCUUCCAGGACACAAGCAAGGUUCUUGCUGUUUCACGUGUUAUGGUUGCCUGGCAACCUAUUGGCAUAUCAAUGGGUGUGUUUGAUAUGUGUCACAGGUAUUUGAAGGAGAGGAAACAGUUUGGAGCACCUCUGGCAGCAUUUCAAAUUAACCAAGAGAAACUUGUCCGAAUGUUGGGAAACAUUCAGGGAAUGACUCUUGUUGGUUGGCGCCUAUGCAAACUAUAUGAGUCUGGAAAGAUGACACCGGGCCAUGCUAGCAUGGGCAAGGCAUGGAUUUCUUUGAAGGCAAGGGAGACAGUUUCUCUUGGACGAGAGCUACUUGGUGGCAAUGGAAUCUUGGCUGAUUUUCUUGUGGCAAAGGCAUUCUGUGACUUGGAGCCGGUCUUCUCAUAUGAAGGUACUUAUGAUAUCAACAGCAUGGUGACAGGGAGAGAUAUCACAGGGAUUGCCAGUUUCAAACCAGCAGUGCUGGGAAGAAGCAGCCGUCUGUAAUAAUGAUGUAAUAUGUAUGCAUGCAAACUUUGAACUCAUAUCUAUAAGCUUCGAAUCUUACUUGAGUAAUAACACUUAUGAUCCAAAAUGUUAGAAUCCACCAGAAGUAUGUUGAACUCUUGUGCUUAUUAGUGGGGUGUCGAUUGUGACAAGUAAAGGUGAAAAAUAAAUGCUUCUUAUGAUGCGCCUAUGGAUUAUGACAUGCA